AUGCGCAGCGCGUCUCUUCUAUCAUCUCGAAUAAUCGGACCUUUCGCCGUCGGAAAGCAGUGUGUUCGAUGUUUUCACAAUAAUACGCCAUCUCCGUCUAUACCUUCCCCUACCCCGUUCGUUCCCGAUGUCCAAACCUUUCUUAAAUUGAUUGGCCGUGGCAUGGCCAAGCACGAAAGCAAAUUCCCUUCUUGGGACAAAUUGUUUGCGCUCUCGUCGACGGAACUUCGUGACUUGGGCAUUGAGCCAGCGCGCCAGAGGCGAUACCUAUUGCGCAAGAGAGAAAAAUUUAGGCAGGGCAUCUACGGCCCCGGUGGGGAUUUGGACCACGUUGUGGAUGGAGUUGCGCAGUUGAGGGUGGUUGAAGUCCCCUCGGAUCCCAAUUCCUCCGCCAAAGACGCUUUGUCCCCACAGCUUUCGGCUUCUUCGGCUACCUUGUCCCCCGGCAUGAGGAAAACCAUUGUCAAUCUCCCCCCGGAUGCUAUCGAAUACACCCACGACUCGUCGAAAUCGCUCAAGAAGUUUGCGUACAUGAAAAUCCAUCGCGGUUCUAUGGUUCGUGGGCCGUUCUUACAGCCGAUCAAGGGCGCAAAUGGACAAGCAUGCACUAUCCGAGCUGAGGAGGGGAUGUGGGAAGACAAAUUGGGACAGAAGGUGGACGGUGGAGAAAGAAGACGUGCUGAAGUCAGAGCUAAGCAGAGAAGUGAGGAAAGGAGGAAAGGAAAGGCCUGA